GGUAGAAGACAGAAAAACAAUUGCAGCUUUCCAUGGAGAGUUCUUUGGUCACACAUAAUUUUUUUUUGAAGAGAGAAAGAUAAAAGACGAGCUGUGAAAGUUCUUUUUGGGGAAAAAUUUCCGAGGGCACUUCAGUCAAAUAGAGCUCAAGACCUCCCGCUGCGGCGCCAAAUAUAAACCGCCGGCACUGUUAAGCUCAACAAGAUAACGACCGCUGCAACUGAACUCCCUCCCUCCCUCUCUCUCUCUCUCUCUAACGAUGAAGGCCAAGAAAAUGUCGCCGCCGAUUCUUGAAGCUUGCAAGAAGACGAAGAAGACGCCCAAGUUCUUCGGCCUCCACACAUUCGCCGAGCCUGGUUUUCAUGGUUUUCCAGCCGGCGGCCCGUUUUCCCUCAACGUCCGCUCGUUCCUUCAACAGUCCUGCGUACUCGAGGACUACGCCGUUGAGGGAAUGCCCGUCUGGGUCACCUUUCUCGUCCACGAGACCAAGGGAUUUGCCGCUCCUUUCUACGCGAUUGAAGAGACCGUCAACAGCUCCGCCCACCAAGUCUGCUACCACUGCCGCUACGCCGGUUGGGGACACCAUUUAGUGUCGAAAACCAAGUAUCAUUUUAUAAUUCCGGCGGAUGAUGAGUGGAAUCAGCCAUUGUCGGAAGGCGUCCUUGACGUUCAGACCCAUCUUCUCCAUGGGGUGAUUCACUGCAAUGGGUUCGGGCAUUUGCUCUGCAUCAAUGGAAUCGAAGGUGGGUCAAAAUUUAUCUGUGGGAGGGAUUUAAUGGACCUCUGGGAUCGUAUCUGCUCCAAUCUUCAAGUUCGAAGUGUUUCAGUUGAGGAUCUGUCUAAGAAGCAUUCAAUGGAUCUUAGGCUACUAUAUGGGGUAGCAUAUGGCCACUCUUGGUUUGGGAGAUGGGGUUACAGAUUUGGGCAUGGAUGCUUUGGGGUGAUGGAAUAUGACUAUGAAGGAGCAAUACAUAUCCUCAGUUCUUUAAACCUCGAUCGGGUCAUUGACGAUUUCAGCUCGAUAAACGGAUCUGAGAUUCCCCAAAUAGUCCUCUCUUACAGAAACCUAAGCAAAGCCCAUCAUCUCCUCACCCUUCGGGAUCUAUUCAGAUUCAUGAUCUGCUUCAAGCCAAAAGCUCCAUCUGUAUCUUUUCUUCAACCUUGUUCUUCAAAGCCCUUGGUUCGGUCUACCAUUCAGUGCAAACCUCCAGGGAAGGACAGAUCAACAAGGUGCAGAAAGUUUGCCAAUCUUGCAGCGUGUCUGGACAGCAGAUGGCCUCUCAGAAGGCUUGAGUUCACAGCUGAAGUGAUCGUCGAUGCUCUGAGGGAGAAGAAACAAGAAACCAAUUCGGGGAUGAGUAGGCAAGAGGUACGAGAUGCUGCACGGGCCCACAUUGGGGAUACCGGGCUGAUAGAUCACGUCCUGAAGUCAAUGAACAAUGUGAUCGUUGGCAGUUAUGUGGUUCGCCGUGCCGUGAAUAGAGUGACCAGAGUGCUGGAGUACACACUGCAUGAGCUCAGGAAUGGAGUUGAAGUUCAGGAACGUUCUUCACUUGCUGGAAGUGAUGUUCUUGGAGAUCUUUACUGUGUCUACUCUAACAUGCUAAUGGGUUACUCCCAAGAAUGCCAAACGAUUCUUGACACAAAGCAUUUUGUGAAGGAAUGGCCAUUCAGGGAUGAGCUCGAUGACUUGCUGAGGUUCAUCUGUGUGGUAGUAAUCCCAAGCUCAAUGGACAUGGAAACGGUCAUCUCCUGUGAGCACAUUGCUGUCCCUCUUCACUCUACCAUUGGCGAUCUGAAACUGGCCAUACAGACUGCAAUGAGGGACACCUACUGUGGCAUGGAGGGGUUUGUGGUGACCAGCAUAAAGGGGCUGGAUGGAGUCUCGGAUGACGAAGUCAUUUUUGGGAUCGUUGAGUCCGGGACCCAGAUUCUAGUGACAGGGUUCGGGCAGGAUACAGAGAGCACGGACUUGAAGUGGACUGUGGAGUGCAAGUGUGGGGCCCGGGACGAUGACGGAGAGAGGAUGAUGUCGUGCGACGCGUGUGAGACAUGGCAGCACACUCGCUGCCUCGGGAUCAAGGAUGACAUGGCGGUGCCACCCCUGUUUGUGUGCGAGGCUUGUUGCAGUAAGCUUGCUCCUCCUCCUCCUACUACUACUACCCUCCCAACAGGAUACAGUGGAGGGUUUUUGGAGCUCGCCGGGUGCCACGAGACUCCCCCUCUUAUCCCUUGGCUCCUUGAGGCUGAUACUUCACUCUACUUCUGAAAUGGUAUGGGGCUUACUUGUACAGUCUUGUGGAUAGUCUUUUUCUUCUGUGGGAAGCUUUAACUGCUUGACUGUUGUUGUGUGGAAAUAGAAUUUUGAUGUGGGAAACGAGCAUUAUUUUGUGGAACUGUAAAUCGAAUAUACAGAUUUGAUGUGG